UGGUGUUCCGCAGAGACAGCUGGUGUGCCAAGUCUUCCGCUUCUUCUCCAGCCUGUUCCUGAAUACAUGUUGACACAGCUCCCGUCAGAGCGCUUUCUAAUUUUAUAAAAAAAUAUAUAUAUAUACAUAUAUAUAUACAAUAUGUGGCGAAGGGAAGGGGUACCGCUGUUAUGGGCUUUGGUGCAGACUAUGCUCGUCGUGGCCUGGGCUUUCACUGACAUGGACACGGGGCCUAGUGCAGGUGUAUCCUCACAGUCCAACGGAGAUCGCUUCAAAAUCGAGGGCAGAGCCAUAGUUCCCGGUGUGAAAACGCAAGACUGGGUUUCCACAGCUCGGGUGUUGGUGGAAGGUGAAGAAUACGUGGGCUUUCUGAGAACUGAUGGGAGUUUUGCCGUGAAUGACAUCCCUUCAGGAUCUUAUGUUGUAGAAGUUGUGACUCCCACCUUCAGAUUUGAACCAGUACGUGUUGACAUCACAUCCAAGGGGAAAAUGAGGGCGCGUCUUGUCAACUUCAUCAAGACCUCAGAAGUAAUUCGUCAGCCCUAUCCACUCCAAAUAAGAGGCAGCCCUCAAAGCUACUUUAUGAGGCGGGAGACCUGGGGUUGGACAGACUUCCUUAUGAACCCAAUGGUCAUGAUGAUGGUUCUGCCCCUAUUGAUUAUUGUUCUACUGCCUAAGGUUGUCAACACUAAUGACCCAGAAAUGAGAAAGGAAAUGGAGCAGUCCAUGAACAUGCUGAACCCAAAUCCCGAGCUUCCAGACGUCUCUGAACUCAUGACCAAGCUCUUCUCUGGUUCAAAGGGCUCUGGAAAAGCAGGAGGCAGCAGCAAGGGCACGAGACCAGCGGUGAAGAGGAGGUAGUACUGCACAAAAUUGUUGAGCCUGCAGUACCAGUCAUGCCAUGGAAGCAAGAUUUUUAAGCGUCAUUUUUUCCCCCUUGGGAUCUAUUGUACAGUUUCUUUACUGAUAGAUGUAUUGAGCACAUUUUGAUUUCUAAUAUUGGAAACUAAUCAAAAGUAAGAUUUUUUUUUUCAUACUGCACUGAUGACAUUUCUUAGUCUGCAAAAGCUGUUAUUCAUUUGCUCUUUACUUUGUACAUGUGAUAAUACUACUCAUUGCUCAACAUUUUCUGUGCUAACCUUCCAGUGUGCAUUUUCUCUGCUGCUACUUCCCACUACCUGAAAGAGAACAUAUAUACAUAUUCAGAGAUUUUGUCUUUCAGACUCAGUAAUACGACUGUGAAUGAAGAUGCAUUUGAAUUUUAAGACUGAUAAAAUCUUAUUUAAAAGCCUAGAUAAAUAAAUUGUGAUGGUAUAUAAAAAUGUGUUUUUAUUAUUUCGAAACAUGUCAUACAAUAUGUUUGAAAGUGGAAAUAAUGGCCUUUUCACUUUUUUGAAUUGUAUGGUGCGCUUAAAAAUAGAAGGUACAUUUGUGCCUAAGGUGUAUAAAUAAAAAAAACAAAAAAACAACUACUGGUAGCUCAAAAGAUGAAAGAGCUGCUGCUGCAUUCAACAUCUCUGCAAUGACUGGCUUUAUCUUUAAUAAAGGGGACAGUAAAGUCCACGGUGAAAUGUU